AGAAGCGUUCUGAUCCGUGUUUGCAUUGAUGGGAAUAUUUUUUAAAUAGCGGGAGAUGUUCAGUUCAUCUAUAUAAAAUACAUCUACAUUGACAGUCAUUGUUACAACCUCUAGUGUAAAGGACGUAUUAAUUUGACCAUGGCUAUGGUUGAAAGGUUUGAUUUACUUUUUUCCCUUGGAAAAUUUGACCAGUGCAAUCGAUUUAUAGAAAAGACUACCAUAAAGGGAGAUAACCUACAGAAUCAAUGGAUAUGUUCCUGUAAUUUGAUAUCAUCACAAUUCAUGUCAACUUAUGUAAAGGACAACAACAUCAGUGAUGCAAAAACCAAACCAUACCAACAGUUCAUUAAAGAACUUCAAACUAUAAUAAGCCAGAUCAGAAGUGCACCAUUGAAUAUGACACAGUUACAGCUUGAGUUAUCUGCCCUUUAUAAUCUGUGUUUUAUUAGAAUUCAAACACAGAAUGUAGCUUGUCUGUAUGAUCAUCAAUUUUUACAGAUUAUCAAAGAAACAUUGAUACGUGUUAUUGGACAACAGGACUGGAGACAUUGUAAUGAACAUCAAGAUACAACAGAGUUACUGUUCCUGGCUUUACAGCAAGUACAUGAUGACAGUUUUUUGUCACCAUUAGUAAGUCUGUGUUGUUUAUGGAUAGUGGUAAACUGCAGACAGACCAAGACUGACAGUGUGAAGCAGUUAGUUGAUAAAUGUGCAACUUUACAUGGUUUAAAGGUAUUAUAA